UUUUGCGUGGCUUCUCUCUCGGGCCGUGGGCGCAGGUUAUCGCUCACGCAAGCACGGCUGGGGGACAAAGGUCCCGCCUCGCCCAGGCACCGGCUUAGCUCUGUCCAACCGCCUCUCCCCGGCCCCUGGCAACACACCCGUCACGAGAACGAGUACAAGUACUUCCAGAGAAUGACGAGCACGUCCCGCGUGGAAGGUAAACAGAAUGCAGUGAUCAUGGGUAAAAAAACGUGGUUCUCCAUUCCUGAGAAGAACCGUCCUUUAAAAGACAGAAUUAAUAUUGUGCUCAGCAGGGAGCUCAAGGAAACCCCGAAAGGAGCACAUUAUCUUUCCAAAAGUCUGGAUGAUGCUCUAGCUCUUUUGGAUUCACCAGAGUUACAAAGUAAAGUAGACAUGGUUUGGAUCGUGGGAGGCACUUCAGUGUACAAGGCAGCAAUGGAGAAGCCAGUUCAUCAUCGAUUGUUUGUGACAAGAAUCUUGAAAGAGUUUGAAAGUGACACAUUUUUUCCAGAAAUAGACCAUAAAGACUACAAGCUUCUAACAGAAUUACAUCCAACAGGCACUGAGGAGCAGCAGAAAUUCAGACACCUGCCUCAAGAACCAGGGAGGACCAGACCUGUUCUCCUCCUGCAGCUCCUGUUUUGGCCCUCAACUGGUUACAGACCAGCAGUGGAAGAAAUAGAAAGUAUGAGGAGUGAAACUCUCCUCAGGGGGCCCAGGAAUGGAUUAGCUGGCUCUAGGGAAGGACAGGCAGGGGCAGGGAAGAAGGAUGCAGGACAGACAAGGUGGGUGGGGAGGAUGAGUCACCUGCUCCAACUCCAAUCUAUUGUGAACUACUCUGUGCUCAUUUGAGUGUCCUGAGAUCUGACCCAAAGCUCCCUCUCGGCUGUUCCUAGCUAUACGUUCUUUUUGACCAACGUACUGAGAUGAACACUGGUGUUAGAACAUGAUUUUGUAAAAUAACAGGUAAUUUCCUCACUGAAGUGGAAACCUGACGAUGGCAAACCUUACCAAAUAAAUUUAAAAUGUAUCUCUCCCUCAAAGUCAGUAUUACUCAUACAAAAUCCUUGUUCUUUUGCGGGGAGAUAAAAAGAUUUUUGAAAGCAUUAUUAACCAGAAGUGGUUUAGGAAACCUGGAAUAUAGAAGAACUCUUUCUACGGUAGCAGUCACCUGCUUUAGUAGUAUCUUGCAGACUUGUAAAACGUCUUGUCCUUAGCAUUUCCUCUAAACCAACUUAGGAAAAGCAAGGCAAGGAAAAAAAACACAAAGUGUUCCAUAAUCUCUUCUUCCUUGGCUGACAUUUUGACAAUAAUAUUGGAGGAUUUAAUAAAAAUAUUGGGUAUUUCUUUAAGCCAAAAAUAGAGGUGUUGUUUUGUGUCAGAGUAUGCUUUCUUAGUCUAAAAGAUGUGCAUACAAAUAAUGGAUAGCAGUUAAUAUGAUUCCUAAAAACAGUGUACCUAUUCUAAAAGCGUUUUCAUUUUUUUUUUCUAAACAGCUUGCUUUUCUAGUUGAUUGGAUAAAUUACAGGUGAAUCAUAAUGAUAUUCUUACCUGCUUGUUGGCUUUUGCUUUUUCUUCUCCUCUC